GUAUAUCAUCGUGUGCAGUGUGGGCAUGCAUUUUAUCGCGAAAACCUCGGCUUUCGCAAGUUGAUGUGAAAAACUCGUGCUGUUAUCAUCAUUGUUAAAUUAAAACAAACAUUUAUAGUAACCAAUCAAGAAAAAGAAUAAUCGUUCUAAUAGUCAUCUCUCAAUGACAGUUGUGAACGCGGACGUCAUUUAAUACCACUGGCGCAUGCGUCUCCUCGGAUUUCGGAGAUCAUUUAUUUCGACCGAAAUCGUCUCUCGAUGUUGAGCUAUUAUUCUGCCUGAAAAUGUCAAAAGAAAAAAAUUCAGCUCCUGCUGAUUCAGUUCCAACAGGCAAAAGCAAUUUAAAAGAUGGAUUUAUUGAUUUCACCGCUGGAUCGUUGGGUGGAGUUGCAUUGGUUUAUGUUGGACAGCCAUUGGACACAGUUAAAGUUAAAAUGCAAACUUUUCCAUCUCUUUAUAAAGGAAUGGUAGAUUGCUUUAUUAAAACUUUAAAAACAGACGGUGUUGCAAGAGGCUUGUAUGCUGGAACCAUACCCUCUGUUGUAGCUAAUGUUGCAGAAAAUUCUAUUUUAUUUGCUGCUUACGGUGGUUGUCAAAAAGUUAUAGCAAAUGUAAUGGGAGUUCCUAAAGUUGAAGAACUCAGUUCAUUAGGCAAUGCAUGGGCUGGAUUUUUUGCAGCUUUUUUUUCUUCGCUCACAUUGUGCCCUACUGAGCUUAUCAAAUGUAGAUUGCAAGCAAUGAGGGAAGUUCAGAGUCAACAAAGUGACAGGAAAGUGAAAUUUAUUGGACCAUGGACUCUUACUAAACAAAUCAUCAAAGAAUCAGGCAUCUCAGGAAUGUAUCGAGGUUUAACAUCAACAAUAGCAAGAGAAAUGCCAGGAUAUUUCUUUUUCUUUGGUGCAUAUGAAUUAACAAGAGAACUAUUAACAAAGCCUGGCCAAACUAGAGAUGACAUUGGUUGGCAAAAAACAAUGGUAGCAGGUGCUGCAGGUGGUGCCGUACUAUGGCUCGUUAUUUUUCCUGCUGACGUUGUGAAAAGUCGUAUUCAGGUUCAAAAUUUGAAAACACCAGCAACUGUAUUAAUGAGAGACAUUAUAAAACAUGAAGGAGUAAGUGCUUUGUAUAAUGGCUUAAAACCCACUUUAAUCAGGACUGCUCCAGCUACAGCAACUUUAUUCCUUGCUUAUGAAUAUUCCAAGAAGUGGAUGCAUAGCGUUUUAGAUUAAAAAUCUAGAACCUUUUUAACUUUAUUUUCAAUAGUAUUGUAUAGUAAACUGUACAUAACUUUGAUGAUAAAAGAUGUAAAUAUGUAUUUCAUACAAAACCAUUGACUAACAUAAAUGUACCUACAUUAAUAAAAAAAAAAGUUGAGA